GUAUAUCUUUAAUUGUCCCCAAUUGAGAGAUGUAUUCCCUUUUUCCACUCUUCAAAGCCUCACCAAACUCCAACAUUUAGAAAUAAGAUCGUGUCCUGGUAUCCGAGUGAUUGUCAAGGAGCAUGAGGAAGAAGAAGAUGAAAACCACACCACAUCCUCAUCAUCAUCUUCUGAUGUAUUCCGGUCCCUCAAGUCUAUCAAAUUACAUAGUCUACCUAAUCUUGAGGGUUUUUUCUUGGGUACGAAUGACUUUCGAUGGCCUGUAUUGGAUAGAGUUGUGAUACUGAAAUGCCCAAAAAUGAGAAUGUUUACAGAAGGUCACUCGAAUACUCCGAUGCUGAAAUACGUGGAAUCAGACAUGGGAGAACAUAGUGUGGAAUGUGGCAAAAUCAACAACUUGUUCCAUCCUCCUCCUACAACUACUGCUGCCUUCUUGCAACAACAACAACAAGAGCAGAAGGUUCCAUAUGAUCCAAGUUUGGAUGGUUCAACCACCUCACUCCCCCCUAUUUCACCAAGAACGAGGAUGCCCUGGUUCUACAAUCACUUGAUCAAAGCUGAUGUGCGAGACAGGUGGGUGGGUAAUCCGAGAUUUAUAAUUCGACACAAUGAGUUGCAGCAUCUUCAGAAGAUUGAAAAGAUGAAAAUAUCAUGGUGUUCCGCGGUAAAGGAGAUAUUCGAAACAUUCGAAAUGAGCAGUGGUUUGAACCAGCAAACACAUUCUGUUCUGGAAGUAAGAGAGAUGGAAUUCUCAAGGUUGUCUGAUAUCAAGUGUUUAUGGAAGAGCAAACAGUGGACAGUAUUGAAGUUUCCAAACCUAACAAGACUAUCUAUUGUUGGUUGUUAUAAGUUAAAACAUGUAUUUACUAUUUCCAUGGUUGGUAGUUUAUUGCAACUCCAAGAGCUAGUUAUAAGCUACUGCGGAGAAAUGGAGAUAAUCGUGGUGGAAGAUGAAAAAGAAGAUGAAGAUGAAAAUGAUGAAGAAGACGAACAAAACAACGAUAGAAAAGAAGAUGAAGAUGAUGAUGGAAGAAGACUCAACGGGGACCACAAAAAAGAUGAAAGGGAACAUGAUGAUGACAGAAGAGAGAACGAGGUGGAGUUUCCUUGUCUAAGAUCACUAACCCUUCGUGACCUUUGGAGUCUCAAGGGCUUUUGCUUAGGGAUGGAGACUAUUCAUUGGCCAUCAUUAGAUACCCUGGAAAUAAGAGAUUGUCCAAAAAUAACAACUUUUACCAAUGGAAAAUCUACUACUCCAAAACUCAGAUUAAUAGACACAAAUUUUGGGUUGUGUGAUGCAACGGAAGGGGUCAACUCCUUUAUACGGACAAAAAUUGAAGAGGGAUACGAAUUUGAGUGAGUGUAAGAAGCCAAAACAAGAUGCAGUACUAUUUAGUGAGUUUCGCACUGGUUUCAGGUUGUUUGCAGCUUCAAGCAUAACAGUUGCUUCAAAGAAACGAUUGUUUUACGCAAGUUCGAUGUGGCUGUCGUUUGGCAGUGAAAUGGGGCAUCAUUUGAGCUAUGUUGGGAAGUUAUUGGACAAUGUUCCGCUCUUUGUUAGAGGUACAAAUAACGUAAUUGUAACAGUUUAAGCCUUUUGUAUCAAGACAAUAAAGUUUCUGGUGUGAAAUAAUUCUAAGAACCUGUAUAUGUUUGCAAAAGUCUAAUUUUGUAUAGAUAUUUUUUUCAUUCAACAGCUUUAAUAUUAUUGUAACAUAAUUAUUGUAAUUGCUGAGUAUUCAAGAAAAAACUUCAUAUGAAA